AUGGAACAAGAUCACACAAUAAAAAAUGUUCAAAACCCUUGUUCCGUUUCCAACUGCAUAAUGUCUCCACCUUGUUUCCCAGUCCCAAAUGAGUUCCAAUACUCUAAAAUCCAUUACACUCCCAUUAAGAGAAAGUGGAGAUGGAGGAACCUACUUACAAAGUUCUUGAGAAACAGGUCUAAGAUCUUGUGUAGACACAAACACAUUUCUUUUCAGUAUGAUCCUGUUAGCUACUCGCAGAACUUCGAUGAAGGGAUUCGCCUCGACGAAGAACCUCGACGACUUUCACAUGUUUGUCAAGAUGUUAGGUGCGAUUUAUAUCGUUAA